CUUCACCACCACCAUAAGCCUCUCUCCUCCUCUAAUUCAAACCCUAAUUCUCCUCCUUUCUCUCUCUCUCUCUCUCUCUCUCUCAUUCAAGCCUAAUCAAAUCCAAAUUAAGUUAAAAUCGAGAAUAACAUUUUCAUAUGGAAGAGUUGGAUGAUAGAAUUGGAAUCAUCAUGUCACCUCUAGUGAGUGAGGUCCUCCUUUCUGGAUUCACCAUCAACUCCUUCCUACGACGUCGUUCUCACCUCGUCCAAUCCUUCUCCGUCGUCUUCCUCUACUGGUUCUACGUUUUUUCAUGAACACAAACCCUAAUUAAAUCCCCAGUUCUCACAUACAAACCCUAAUUUCACUCAACAAAACACAAUUCAACCAUGGCUUCCCCAAUCAGCGGCACUUCUUCCGGCUCAAACUCCGAUCCUAACAACAAGCUGCAGUCGGAGAUGCGGAAACGGAAGAGAAUGCUGUCCAAUCGAGAAUCCGCGAGGCGAUCGCGGAUGAGGAAACAGAAGCUUCUGGACGAUCUGACGGCUCAGGCGAACCAUCUGAGGGCGGAGAACAAUCAUAUGCUAUCAAACAUCAAUGUGGUGACGCAUCUCUACUUGAAUAUGGAGUCGGAGAAUUCGAUUCUCCGGGCUCAGAUGGCGGAGCUGAAUCACAGGCUCCAUGCCUUGAAUGAGAUCACCAGCUGCUUGAGCUCGAGCCAGGGAUUGUUGCCGGCUGCUGCUGGAUUUGUUGAAGAUGAUGAAGGAGAUUUUGAUGAUUUGUUGAAUCCAUGGAGUUUGAUCCAUGUUAAUCACCCAAUCAUGGCUUCUGCUGAUGCUUUCUUGUAUUAGAUGCUUGAUGAUGAUGAUUGAUUCAUGGGAUUUCAUUUAAUUUGCCAUGUUUUGUUUUGAUUAAUAAUGUAUGAUUGAUAUAGAGUUAGGUGGAUUAAUGUGUGAUGCAAUCGAGUUGAACUUCAUUAAUCAUUUCAAGCAUUAUUAAUUGUAAAA